AUGAAGACAACAGGUGCCUUGGUUCUUUUCAGCUUGCUGCUGCUCUCUUUCUUCUCAGAUGUAGCAGGACAAGACAUUGAAGAGAUCUGUAAAGAAUUUGUAAACAGAAGUGUGUUCUGCACGAGGGAGUCCAACCCUCACUGUGGCACAGACGGCGUCACGUACGGAAACAAGUGUGCCUUCUGCAAGGCUGUGCUGAAAAGUGGAGGCAAAAUCAGACUGAAGCACAUGGGGAAAUGCUGA